UUAUGGGAAGUUCAAAAUAGCCAACAUAAACAAGUGAAUUUCUCUAAUACACAAUCGUAUCGUAUUUAUUCAUGAUGUGUUAAAACCGAUUUAGUUAUGUCAAUUUUUUACAAACCUUCGAUGAACAAUUAGCUUAUCAAUCAUUUAUCGCCAUACAUGCAGUAGAUAACGAUCAUCAGCCGUAAUUAUCAAGUGUUUUAACCAAAAAAUGGUCCUCAAGUCAUGGAAAAGUUCCCACUAAGAAAGGGUACAAAUAUACCAGCAAAUCAGCCCACAACUUAUCAAACGGUAUACAAUAAAAAGUUUACAAAUAAAUCACCACGCGUAACGUACGUAAAUUCGGAUGACGAUAUGAUUGACAUAAACACAUCAGGCAUGGGAGAUAAUAGAGGCUCAAGAUUAACAGAUGACGACGAAGUCACUGGUGGAGUUGCAUUCAGUGGGAGUCAUGAACAUGGUGACAUUCCGGGAAUUGGCCAAUAUGAUGAUUUCCACACCAUUGAUUGGCAGAGAGACAUUGCCAGAGAUCGGAUGAGACACAGAUACAUUAUUAAAAAGAAGCAAGAUUCGAUUUGGAAUUUGAUUGAGGGCGCACAUGAUGCUUGGUCUGGCUGGUUAUGUGUAUUGCUGGUCGGAUUGUGCACUGGUGUUAUUGCUGGUGUAAUUGAUAUUGGAGCCAGUUGGAUGACUGAUUUGAAGUUUGGGAUAUGCCCACAGGCUUUCUGGCUGAAUCAGGAACAAUGUUGUUGGUCAAUGAAUGAAACUAGCUUUGAUGUUGGCAAUUGUUCUCAGUGGCUCACAUGGGCUGAAGUUUUGGGACAAUCCAAAUUUGGCGCUGGCUCCUACAUAAUAUCUUAUUUGUUUUAUAUUAUUUGGGCGUUAUUGUUUGCGGCAUUGUCAGCAUCUUUAGUACGAAUGUUUGCACCAUAUGCUUGUGGUUCUGGUAUACCUGAGAUUAAAACCAUAUUGAGUGGUUUCAUCAUAAGAGGCUAUUUGGGAAAAUGGACUCUUAUUAUCAAGAGUGUCGGUUUAAUACUCUCAGUAUCGUCGGGCUUGAGUUUGGGAAAAGAAGGGCCGAUGGUGCACAUUGCUUGUGCGAUAGGCAACAUUUUAUCGUAUUUAUUCCCGAAAUAUGGCCGAAACGAGGCAAAAAAGCGUGAAAUCUUGUCAGCCGCUGCUGCAGCCGGCGUGUCUGUUGCCUUUGGUGCACCAAUCGGUGGAGUAUUGUUCAGCUUGGAAGAAGUGAGCUACUACUUUCCCCUGAAAACCUUGUGGAGGUCCUUCUUUUGCGCUUUAAUUGCCGCGUUCAUUUUGAGAUCGAUUAAUCCAUUUGGUAAUGAGCAUUCAGUACUUUUCUUUGUGGAGUACAACAAACCGUGGAUGUUCUUUGAAUUGAUCCCGUUUAUUACUCUUGGAAUAAUUGGAGGUGUCAUUGCAACAAUAUUCAUCAAAGCCAAUCUAUAUUGGUGCCGGUACAGGAAAUUCUCAAAAUUGGGACAGUAUCCUGUUACUGAGGUUUUGGUGGUCACUGUCAUCACCGCCAUCAUUGCUUAUCCGAAUCCAUACACACGAAUGAACACUAGCCAAUUGAUUUAUUUAUUAUUCAGUCAAUGCGGCAUUUCUAAUUCGGAUAACCUAUGCGACUACAAUAGAAACUACACUGAUGUGAACUCUGCAAUCGAUAUUGCCGCCGCAGGAGAUGGCGUGUACAAAGCGAUUUGGCUCUUGAUCCUCGCAUUGAUACUGAAACUCAUCAUGACCGUGUUUACUUUCGGCAUUAAAGUGCCGUGCGGUUUGUUCAUUCCCUCACUCUGUUUGGGCGCAAUUGUUGGCAGGAUAUUUGGUAUUGCCGUUGAACAACUGGCGUAUAACUACCCGAAAACAUUUUUGUUUACGGGUGAAUGCUCGACAGGUGACGAUUGCAUAACACCCGGUUUAUAUGCUAUGGUUGGCGCAGCAGCGGUUUUAGGAGGUGUCACAAGAAUGACUGUCUCGCUAGUAGUCAUAAUGUUUGAGUUGACUGGCGGCGUGCGAUAUAUUGUGCCUUUAAUGGCCGCUGCUAUGGCUAGUAAGUGGGUGGGCGAUGCGUUGGGCAGACAAGGAAUAUACGAUGCGCAUAUUGCACUGAACGGAUAUCCGUUCUUAGAUUCCAAAGAUGAGUUUGCGCAUACAUCCCUAGCUGCGGAUGUGAUGCAGCCAAAACGAAAUGAAAGUUUGAGCGUGAUAACGCAGGAUUCUAUGACGAUGGACGACGUCGAGCAACUUCUCAAAGAAACAGAGCACAAUGGCUAUCCGGUUGUUGUAUCGAUGGAAUCGCAGUAUUUAGUCGGAUUUGUGUUACGUCGUGAUUUAAAUCUUGCAAUUGCAAAUGCCAAAAGAUUGGUGGACGGAAUAUGUGGUCAAAGUUUAGUAGUAUUUACAAGUGGUAAUCCACCACAAACUCUGGGCCCUCCACCAUUGAACCUGAAGAAGAUUUUAGACAUGGCUCCUAUCACUAUCACCGAUCAGACGCCCAUGGAGACCGUCGUAGAUAUGUUCAGAAAACUAGGAUUGCGUCAAACUUUGGUUACUCAUAAUGGACGAUUGUUGGGGGUGAUAACCAAAAAGGAUGUCCUGCGCCAUGUGAAGCAAAUGGACAACGAGGAUCCUAGCUCUGUUUUAUUUAACUAAAGCAAAUUAUAUAUUAAUAUAUGAUUAAUAUAAACAUAUUGUAUAAACGCGAAUCAUCAAAGAUAUAGAAACGUAAUGGUGAACGAAUAAAACUAGGAAAUAUAUCUAUAUACAUAAAUAUAUAAAUCAUAAAAACAUAAUUCGAUAUACAUAUAUAUUAUGAAUUUAUAAUAAGAGAGGAACCUGUAAACUGUGUGUAUAUUGUUACUACUUAUUCUGUCUUAGUUAUCUAUUUCUUGCGCAGCUACUGAAUUAUUUUAUUUGUAUAUUAUGCAAUGUAUAUGUAUUUCUUUUUAUUUAAUCUUUAAAACGCUGUUUAUUUUUACCUAUGCAUUGGUAAUUUCUAAUACUCUUAAAAUUCCAUUUGCGUGCAAGUACUGUCUUCCCGUUUUUAUAAACCGUAAAGAUACUAAAAUACUCUUAUGCAAAUAACAUUAAUCGGUGAUUAAAUUAAUAAACUUUUGGUAAUUCUG